AUGCUUUACGAAGGGAAUAUUUCUCAGUGGUUGGGUCGUGAUAAGCUAUCUCAGCAAAUAGACCACCAUGCCUAUCUACAAUCCCUCCGAGCUAAUUCAGCUUGCGAGUUCCUCCUGGGAAAGCCCGAGUUCGAAAGCUGGUAUGACGCGCCCGAUUCUCAGCAACUUGCCAUCCUUGGAACUACAGGAAGCGGCAAGAGCGUCAUGAUGAGUUUUCUCAUUGAUGAUCUAUAUGAGAGAACAAAGCACAAGAUGCCAAAACCCAUCAUUCUCUACCACUACUGCCAGAAUGACGAAACGGGAGAUGCGUUAUACAUGGUCUCGUCCUUGAUCCUGUCACUCCUUGAGCAGUGUGAUGGAUUGGCAGAAACCUUUCAUGACUGGUGCAACCAAGACCUCCGCAAAGGAAACUCUUCGCCUUUGACAAAUGUUGAUAAGUUGGUUGACUCCUUUCAGAAAAGUGUGGGAGAACUAUAUCGGCCACUUUUCCUGGUAAUUGACGGCUUUAAUGAGUGCAACAUGGAAUCUCGGACUGUACUUCUGGAAACACUGCAGGCUUUGUCGCAAAAUAUCUCGGAAACGAAAGUUGUGCUAUCCUCUCGUCCCUGUCAGGACAUACUCAAUCAGCUGGAUGUGUUUCCCAAGAUUGACAUUGGCUCUGAUAAGGCAAGAGACAAGAUUAUUGCUGAGAAGACCGUCGAAAUGAACCUAGCUUCUCUGGACCCAGACGUCAAACAGUUCGCUGUGGAGAGACUGUCUAGUCAUGCACAGGGAUGUGCUAUAUGGACAAAGAUGACAGUUGCAGAUAUUGCAGCUCAGGAGAUCAGGUCACUUGACAGUAUGAAAGAGUUUCUAGACAGUAUACCACUACCGCAGGAACUCUCAGACUUUUACGCCAGUCUGUUCAGUCGAUGCACUGGCAAGGACCCGGAAGUCCAGCAUAUGGCUGCCACAGCCUUGGAAAUUCUGUGCGCAGUUCGAAGGCGGCUAAGCAUCCUCGAACUCGCUUGGGCAGUUGCACUGGUUACACAUCCAGAUUGUACGACCGUUGCUGAGGUUGCUGGACUGGUGGAUGAUCAGCGUGUCAUGUCACUCAUUGGACCUUUCAUUGCUGGUGUCGACUUCAACGAUCUCAAGAAACGACAAGUCACCUUUGUCCACCCAUCAGCAAAGGAAUUUGUAUUGAAUGGAUUACCUUUGACUCGAUCAGGGCUUCAGGAUGUAGAAACACUUUCAUCAGCCCCUUCUAUUACAUCAAGGCUGGAGAAUACUAUUUUCGACGUCUGCGUUCGAUACCUACUUCUCGACGAAAUCAACAAUGAACCUCUGUUUUACGAAGAGCAGAUUAUUGCGGAUGAAUUGCCUCAAGACAUGAAUCUAUUCAGCGACGACGAUGGCGCAACUACCUAUACUACAGACUCUUCGUGGGAGCAUUGGGAGGAGGGUAUGACCAGGUACGACCCAGCGGAUCGCGGAUUCGGCGAGUUCUUUGUCUAUGCCUCUUGCCACUGGAUAGAUCAUUUCGGGUCUAUCACAGAAGAGCCUCUCCCCAAUCUAGCAAGUGUCGAAACAUUGUGUCAAGCCAACUCAACCAGAUUGCUCAACUGGACCAGCCAGCAUAGUCGACCGGACUGUGUUCUUCAGGCAAGAUUUGAGUUCGAUGGUAGCUUAUAUGAUCCCCUGAGCAUCACAUCGCUCUACGGAUCAGAAGAGUUGCUGUUGGAGAUGCUUGAAACAUCCCAAUUUGACUCUCCUGAGUUCUUGCCCGAUACAGCUAUGCUUGCUGUGGACCAGGUCCUUCAAUGGGGUGACUUACGCAGACUUCGAAUGUUGUUUUUUGGACGUGGAACUGCACGAUAUCUUCAGAAUCUUGACUUUUUUCGCCGGAUUAUCGACGCGUGGUGCUUUUCCAACAAAAGUUACAGUCGGGAUUGGGAUGCUGCAUCUGACAUCAUCGAUGGCAUCCCCGAUAUUUUAGCCAGAGAGGGAUGGUGUAAUGAACUCCUCUGUCUGGCUUCUAGUCGAGGCUGCCAGCCAGUCACUGAACGAUUGAUGAAACUCGCCCGGCAGAGCAGUGAUCUUAGAAAGGAGUCAAUCCAUGGGACUCGGCGACAGUCACGAAGCUUCCGAGUCCGCUAG